AUGUCUACGGCAUCUACAAAGAUUCAUCCUCCUCAUCCUCAAGAAAAUGGAAGGGCUGAGGCUCCCGGACCGUCAAGAGGUACCAAGAAUACCAUGGCAACCAUCAAGUUGAUGUUCAGCGGCAAAUUCCGAUAUGGCCAGCCAAACCCCGUCCACGUUGCAAUAGCCACCCGAGGCUACGACAUCCAGUCUCGCGUUUUGCGUAUUCCUGACGGGUUUGGCUGGUUCACACGCGGACCCCCUCGCCGAUCAGCUUUCGAGGGCCACGCGUUUGUGGUUGCAAUCCUAUCCCUUCUAUUCGUGGCCGUCAUGUUCUCGGGCUGUAUAUCCUUUAUAUGA